AUGAGCGCGUCACAAGUCAUCUCUUCGUCUUCGACUCAAUCUGAACUCUUCGACUUCAACCAACCCCUCAGUCCUGAAACCGUCAGCGGUCACUCAUCUGACUCUGAUAGCUCUUCAGGAUCAGACGACAGCUCCUCGUCGCAUUCGCAUUCGCAUCACUCUCCAACUUCAACCUCUAGCCAUCACAGCCAGAAUCAUCAUCAUGUUGCGUAUCUGUCGACGGAACAGCAACAACAGGAACAGACAGUUACCAGGGCGACUCCUACUAACCAUACCUUGCCUGAGAGGCCACUGGUACCGACCUGCCCGGCUGAUUGGGAGGCAAAGAAGGAUAUCAUCUACGAUUUGUAUAUGAACAAGAACUUUAUACUGAAUGAUGUGGUGGAGAUCAUGCUGUCGACCCAUCGGUUCAAGGCAACGGCGAGAAUGUACAAAGGCCAAUUUGCCAAAUGGCGAUGGGCAAAGUACAACAAGUCCGGCAACACCAACGCGACGAAGCCGACCAAGUCUCGUUCCAUGCGAAGAAAAGGGGUGACCUCCUCGGGCUCAGGAAGCUAUAGGAGCAACGGGCAUGUGUCGAAGCCAGGAUGCCAGUCAAACUUCAUCUCGCAACCAGCCCAGAUGAUACGCCUCUACUUCCAGAGCGAACCGACUUACCUCGUCGAGUCGACUUUGUUAGCUUACGCCUCUUACAUUGCGCGCUGGGCCGACCCCGAAAGGGAGACUCCGUGGAAGAUGAACGGUCCAAAUCUGCGAUUACAGAUCGCCAGCGACGAGAUCAACGCUGAAGACCACGCCACCGUGUCGUCGAAUUCGAUCCUACAGAACAUCGCUCUAGCAAUCCGCCAUCUUCGAUGCAACAACCCCCAAGGAACAGCCAAAGGCGGCGUCCUCCUGCGGCACGCCUUCCUCCAAAUCGAAGAAGCCAUCACCUCCGCCGACGAAGGCGACAUCCAAGCCAUCUGGGACUGCUGUCUCGCUGUUCCCCAGCUCCUCAUCCUCCACAACGCCUCCUCUCCCAGCACCAAACAACCUCUGUCAUCAUCAUCACAAUCACCCCAUCGCCAUCAACCCCCGCACGACAUCCUCCCCAUCUACACCCGCUUCCUCCACCACCUCACUACCCUCAAAUACGCCCAAACAGGCUGCACCUCGCACCCCUUGCACCAGAUCUCCUCGUCACUGCACCACCUUGUCACCACCUCCGAUUUUGCGUCACUCCACCUCUUCAUCACGCGCGCCUGGAAGCUGUGGAUCAACACUUGUCGCCAGCUACGGGGGGAGACGGACCACGUGACUAUCCACCUCAAGAGGGGGUACGUGAUCCUGAUGGACCCGGAACAUGCCAUUGUCAAGAACCUAGUGAGUGAUUUUGGGGGGCUGGUGAGGCGAGAGAUGGAGAGGUGGGGGGAGGGCAGGACGACGGAGAGAAUAUUGGAGCUAGAAGGGCUUUUGGGACGGAUGUACUUGCCGCUUUUUGAUGCGGGGGUUGUUGUUGGGCCUGGGGCUGGACAAGGAGGGACAGGAAUAGGGGCAGGACAAAGAGCAAGAGGAAUGUUGGGCGGGUUGGUGGAGAGGUUGGAGGAGAAGUAUCGGGUUCGAAACGGGAACCGCGGGGAUACCUCUAUGAUGGGAGUGGUAGCGGAUGCGGGAAGUGUUGGCAGGGGCAAUAACAUGAUAACCAGCGCACCCAGACCACAGCACGGAUGCCACGAUCUCGCCCCAGGACAUCUAGAACAACCCCCAUUUCCAAUCCCCAUGCAAAAUUGGGAAUAUCUCGAUCGCUACCUCUUCUUCUCGGCGCACCACUUCCUAGCUUCCAUCGCCGAUCACGAAGGGGACGUGUCUACCGCCGUUGCACUUCGCCGAAAGAUCCUGGUUAUGAACGGUGGUGGGCUUCCUGCUGGCACCGUGGUAUCUAGCAGUGACAGCCACCAGCAACUCCCUUUUGGGACGGCCGUGGGCACGGGCAUGCACAUGGGAUUGGGAAUAGGCUUGGGGCGGGGCUUAGGCCUGGGUGAUACAGGUUUGGGCAUGACCAUAGGACCGGUGGCCUCCAUGGGCCCUUUUGCUGCGGGACUGCGAACGUCAACAACAAGGGGAAAAGACCAGUUCUGGGUGCAAACGUCUCGCAAAGUGGAGGCAUAUCUAAGGGAUAUGGGGAAGUGGGAGGAGGCAGAGGAGGUUAGGGGGUUGUUGAGGGAUAGGGAGAUGGAGGUAGAGAGAGAGAGGGAGAGGGGGGUAAUGGUGCCGCCAGUGGAACUGGAACUGGAACAGGGGCGGGAUUUCCACUUGGUGCGGGAUAUGCAAGUUAUGCCGAUGACUGCUGCUGCCCCUGGUCUACAUAUGGGGAUGGAGAUGGGGAGAGGAGAGUCAGGAACUAGAAGCAACGUGCCGCCGCCGCCGUAUGGGAUGCCAGGGGCUGCACAAGGGGCAGUAGCGAGUUUGGGACCUCUACUUGUAUCUCUAGGGACUAGGGCUGGCGGUGGUGGUCAUCAGUCAUUUUACGCUCCUCCUCCUCCUCCUCCUCCUCCUGGAGGUGUUCAUGGGUUAAACGGAAACCAUGCAGCUUUUGGUCGACGACCUCUACCGGUCCCGAUACCUCGCUCUGUCCCGGUAACGGUUCGACAGCAACAACAACAGAGUGUCCGUCACAGAGGUAACAGGGGUUUUGAGGUUGAUGCAGAGAAUAUGCCUGUGUCUCUGUCUCUGCCACCACUGCCUUUGUUUCCAACGGACGAACAAGGAGGGGUUGAAUUUGACGAAUUUACCCGUGCUGGUGGUGGAAGUGGUCACGACAGCGGCAGUUCAGGUUCUUCUGAUUUUCACCAUGACCAUGUGUUGUUGCAUGGGAAUGUCAGUGUCGAUGUCGAUGCCGAUCAAGACAGCAACAGCAGCAGCGGCAGCGGUAGCGGUAGGUAUGAAGAUAGAUGGGGCAUGUGGCAUGAGGUUAUGGCUUUGUGA